AUGGCUUCAAGACGACUGAAACAGCCUGAUUUACAGGUUCCGGUCCCAAAAUUUCCCCUCUCAUCACCUAUUAGCGAGGAAAUAUCCAGUCCAUCAUGUUCAUCCGCUGAGGAACGGGAGAUGGAACGAAAUCGACCCUUCGACUUUCUUGUUAAAUCGACUAGACAGAAAAUCGAGAAAUCGCAAAAAGAUAAACAUACAUCUCGUUCGUCGCAUGGGGGAAGCAGCUCAAGACUGAGUAUUCGGGGUAUGGGUAUUACGAAGAGGAAACAGGCUGCGAAACCGGUUGGAUUGAAUCUGGUAACGAACUUUGCGCUUGAGGAUCCACCGAAGAGGAAGAAGUCGUCGCGCGAUGGAACGGUCGCUCCGUUUGUCGAUUUAAAUGAUUUGAAGCAGCUUUCUAAGGCGAGGGAGCAGGAAAGGACGGCUCAGAAGGAUAAUGUGAAUGUUAACGGGGAUUGGAAAGAUGCCUCGAAGAAGAGGGUUUCGCGCUCUUUUCAACAGCUGGAGGGAGAAGAGGAGAGCCCCGCUUUGUAUUCGCAGACUCGGGGAUCGUUUCUAGAACCAAGCUCUGAGAAUCCUUUUGCUGAUCGGUCCGAACAUGGAUUUUCACCCUCUGAUCGGAAUGUGAUGAUUGGGUUGACGGUUCCGUAUCAUGAAACUCAUAAUCGGUCAAGGGAACUCGAUCAUAAUGGAGAUCAACAAACUCCUCUUACGCCUUCGAUCAUUGUUACGCCUGCCCAGGAAGAAGCGCCUUGGUCGGUUGAUAUGUCUAGUCCUGAGGGUCUAAGGUCCCGAGCUACAUCGAGCGUUUAUUCGCAGCCUACUCCGCGACUUUGGUCUGAUGGAGCGGAUAUUCCGCCCGUGCCUGCGAUUCCACAGGAGCAUACCUCGUCGAAAAGGAAGGAUGUUGAACCUAGUUUCCUGAAUGCUCAUUUUACUGCUAUGACGAGGAAGCGUCGCUCUGCCUCUGCGAGUGUUGUGCUUGAUACACAGAGCCCUGAUACAGAACGUCCUACGUCUAUACUUACUGAUCAUGAACAUGAUCAUGAUCACGACCGGAGACUGUUGGAUAGGCUUAGUGUUAAUCCGGAAGCUAGCCGUCCACAGUCUCAGGGUUGGUGGAAUGUCUUACUCUCGCCUUUACUCGGUCGCUCCAAUACCCUGUCUAGUAAGAAGUCACCUAUCAGCCCGGGGUUUCCUCCAAGUCCUUCCGUUGCACCGUCUUCAUUGGGAACAAACAGACACUGGUGGGAAAAGGAAAAGGAGUCAGAGAAGGAAAAAGAAAUCUCAUGUUUUUCGCCUGAUACCCCCGAGACUGCGGUUACGAAUCAAUGGCAAGAUAAGAUGCCUAGCGUUGAACAAUCUCGUUCUCUCGAUGAUACCUCUGCUCCGCCUCUACCUCCAGUUCCAGAUAGACAAGCCGCGAUGUCGAUGAUGUUCCCUGGUAAUCGGAUCCAAGGUGAAGCAGCGGAGUAUUACCAGGCUUGUGCACAUGAACUCUUCAGCAAAACCUCCUACUUCGAAUGUUACAAUCAUACCUGUUCGCUUACACCUUUAUCUGCUACUGGACAGCCAAGUGUCGGAGCUGUUGUUACGGGUGAUAGAGGGUUGGUUGUGGCUGAGCCGGAAGCUGAGACUCUUUCUGCGGAUUCGCAGGUGAAAGACGCUGAAGUUGCGACUGUGGCGCGUGGGUUGCUCAUUGAUGUUAAUUCGCCAACUGAGGAGACUGCGAAGGAGAAGGAGACUGGAUGUGCUAAAUGUACGCAUUUGCGUGCUUCAACUGGUAGUGUGGAUUCUUGGGCUUCGACUACAGUGGAUACUGUUGUGGGUGAUAAUGAGAAGAGUCUCCCUGAGAUACCGAAGGAAAAUACGAGGGAGCUUGUGCCUGAACGUCCUGUCCAGCAAGUACCACAGCUUUUACAGCCUUCUGUUCAGGAACCAGUUCCUGUUCCAGCAGCUUAUUUCCCACCUGAGCCUCCAGCUCCUACGCCUGCACCUGCACCUUAUGUACCACCAGAGCCAUUAACGAGGGAGCUAGAGCCAUCCCCAGCUCCUUAUUACCCAUCUGAACCACUCAUGCCAGGCCCAGCCCCAUACGUCCCUCCCGAGCCUUUGGCCCAAGCUCCACCUCCACAGAUCAUCAACAAUUAUCAUUACGGGACCGCGCCCUAUGAAGUUCCACCUCAAGCUCCAGUUACAGUUGAGCGAGCAAUUCCCCAUUAUAUCCCUGUUUAUCCCUCGAACAAUCCUUUCUUUCCUCCACCGCAAGAUCAAAAACAAGCCGAGGAAGCUGAUUUGGCAAAAGCUCCUCCGGUCCCCCAUGCGUACUCACAGGAGCCUCCACAGGAAGCAGACAUCACAAAAGUGCCAGCAGAGUUUCAGGAUGCACCACAUGGAUCUGCAACACAAGAAUCAGAGCGAUCACUGGAGCAUCUCGCGCCACCAGGGAAUCAGGAACCACAUCAGGCCCUGGAGCCAAUGUCUCCUGGAUUUCAACACGCUGCAGGAGGACCCAGCUCAAUUCAACUAUCUGAUGUCAAUGCUCCUGCACCUACAUACGCACAACAUACAAGAGAUAUACCUCUCCCACAACGAUAUGAUCUUUAUCCUGCCCCAGGCGUUGCAGUUAUGGAUCCCACUGGAGCCAUCGGACCCGCCGAGGCCCACCGUCGUAGAUUAGAGCGCGAGGAUGCCGUUGGCAGGAAAGUCGGUGGUCUUUGGCGUGGUAGAGGCUGCUUCAGCAAGGGAGGUUGCUUCGGACGCCCAGGCCGCGAAGGUCGUCUUCGUCGAAGAUGGUACCUCGGUAUUGCCGCUCUAUUCCUCAUAAUUAUCAUUGUUGCAAUUGCCCUAGCCACUACAUUGACGAAGAAGACCGAUUCAACCCCCGUUCAGUCGCAAUGGGUGAACUUGACGAAUUACCCGCCUAUACAAACUGGAAUCAUGACCAUCGCUGGUACAGAGCCUCAAGCCCUAAACUCGGGCUGUAUCAAUAUUCCGACUAUGUGGAGCUGUGCUCUUCCGAAGGGUACGCAGCAAUCGGGAAAUUCGCCUUACAGUGCAGACCAACCUACCUUUCGUGUUGAGAUUCGCUACCGCAAUGGUACAUCUAGCAAUAGUACUGAUUCUGGUACUUACAACUCAACUACGAUAAAGCGUGAUGUGUGGUCUGCAGAUCCAUCUGCGCCGAGUAUUGCAGAUCAGACCUUUCUCGGAAACACAACAGACAAGAACUCCAAGCCUUAUGCUGGCGAGGAAACCCCCUUCUAUCUAUCUGUUCUGUCGCCAGCCCAUCUAUCUUCUACCAAUGUCUUCCGUCGCAGUGCAUCUGCAUCUCACUCGUCCACCUCUACAUCUACCUCUUUAAACUCAACUUCUCUCAUUCCUGCUCCAACCGAGGACUCAGAUGGUACCGCCGCUGCAGCAACGCUGUAUCCACUUCCUUCAUCACAGCCUGUACGACUCUAUAACAGGGGAGAAUCAUCAGAGCAUUACGGCUUCUAUACAUACUUUGACAAGUCUAUUUUCCUUAAUUCACGAGCUCCCCUCAAUAACAGCAAAUUCGACUACGCAUCCGAAGAUCAGAAUGGCGGCUCAACGAAGGAAGAUGCACAAACACGCUGUACAUGGUCUCAAACUCGCUUCCUUGUUCAGAUAUGGACUAAUCCAUCUAAAAUGGGAUAUUCUCUUCUCUCGGCUGGUAGUGGAAGUGGUAGUUCUACCGCUACCGCUACUGCUACGGCAACCAGUACCUCUUCAACGGCUACUUCCUCUUCCUCAGCGACGGAUUAUACGACACCAGGCUCGUUUCCUUAUCCAGUUACUAUUACCCUUGAUCGACAUGGUGGUGUUGAGGAUAAAAAGCGAGUGUAUUGUUAUGGUGUUGAAGAGAGUGGCCAUUAUAAUUUUACAGAGGCGAGGCUGCAGCUUGAGACGUUGGGGGCGGGGGGAACUUUGAUUAAUGGCUAUGGUGAUGAUGCUGGGUAUGGUGGGAUUGAUGGUGGGACGGGUGGUUGUAAAUGUUCGUGGAUUAAUUGGAUAUCUACCUCGUAG